GAAAGAAGAAACCUAGCCAUUCCUUCUUUGCCGCCCCGCUUUCCUGGGCUCAAACGCCCCGCCUCUGCUCCGGCCUCUUCAAAACCAUACCGCCUUCUCACGGUCCUGCUCCGUCGCUAGCCGACGCUGAGACUCGCUCCGCCGUGCGCCCCUCCCCUCGCAGCUGCUUAGCCUUUGCGUCGCUCGUCCGUUGAUCGCAGCGAAGCCACACCACACGCUGACUCCGCGCAAUCCCUGCCGUCGUCGUUGGACCUCAGCGUUGGACAUCAAUGGAGGAGACUCGGACUGUGCAGGUUGACCUCGGGAAUCUCAUGGCCUUGGAUUCUAGUCACCACUUCCCUUCCCUACCUUCUUCGAGGUUCACACUUCUGGAGGAGUUGAUACAGAAGUGUCUGGAGAAGGGGACUGAGCUUGUUCAAGUGGUCGCAGAUGCCCUUUUCAACUUACCUUCGACUGAAGAUGUGGAUGGCCCUAUUGUCAAGUUGCCACCUCCAACAACAAAAUUGCCUAGAGAAAAGCAUUUGCCAAAGCCCAAACCUCCUACAACAUGGGAAAUGUUUGCCAAAGCGAAAGGUAUAAAAAACCGUAAAAAGGACAAGAUUGUUUAUGAUGAGCAGACUGGUACUUGGAAACGCCGCUAUGGAUACGACCGUGUUAAUGAUGAUCAAGAUGUGCCCAUACUCGAGGCCAAGGCCACUGAUGAGGUUGGAAGUGACCCUUUUGCUGUGAGACGGGCUGAUAAGAAGAAGCGCGUUGAAAAGCAAAACAAAAACCGAUUGCAGAACCUAAAACAAGCUGCAAAAGAUCAUGCUUUGCCAAGCCAUAUCCAGCUAGCGGCCACAGCAUUGCCCAUAACAGGAACCCAGGCUGCACCAAAGAAAGUGAGUAAAGAUGAACUGGGGAAUGUUGCCGGAUUGGCAGCUACCGCCACAGCCAGUGGUGGGAAGUUCGACAAGAAGCUUCCAGGAGAAAAGAAGCCCAAACAUGAGCAAAAGCAUCGCAAGUUCCUUCCAGUAGCAGAAGGAAAAGGGCAGGGUUCAAAAGAGAAGGAGCAAACGGACAGAGUUCUAAACAAGCUCCUUUCCAAGAAUUCACAUGAAAUACUUAACGUUGAUAAGGCUGUUACGAUGUACAACGUGAAGAAAGAGAAGAAACGAAGUAAACAAAAGCGAGACUCCUCUUCAAACUCAAGCAAGCUGAAACCACAGAAGAAAGUGCAAAAAAAGCCCAUUAAGAAGGGAUCUGUUAACAAGGGAUCUGCGAAGAAAGGGAAAUCUAAAUGAAACCCCUAAACUACUUGUAGUUGUUGUAUGCUUGUAGGGUUUAGAUUAGGCGCUACAAGUAUGUUAGGAUCGAUAUGGUUUUGCUUCGAAAAAUAUUUAUAUAUUGUCAUAGCAAACUCGCCGUCUUUUGCAUAUUAGUGCUUCUUCUGGCACUUGUUUUGUUUUACAUUUCACGAGCUGAUAUUAGUGCGCAAAACAAAUUCAGAUG